AUGUACACAUUUUAUCGUCAAUAUAAUUCUCUGUUAAAUAUUACUUCUUCAAAUUACCAGGACGUAAAACAUCUUCAUAGAGGAUUUUCUAGUGAAGUUAUAAAAGCUAAUUGGAAGGCAGAAAAUAUUGUAGUCGUUCUAAAGACUGUAGUUGACUUGGACGAAACAGAUUCAGAUAAUCAAAAGUCUAUCAAGAAUAACCAAGAAUUUAGUAAAGAGAUUAAGCCUUUUCACGAAAUCAAACAAGCGCUGCUAAAUAAAGAAAAAACACCACCAAUAGGUGAAGAAUGGCAGCAACCAAUAGAAUUACAACAGAAUGAAUUCAGUGAAUCUGACAAUGAUGUAACAUAUGAUGAAAAUCUGAUACAAACAGAAUUACCACAAAUCCUUAUUUCUGAAACUGAAUAUAGAGAGAAUAUGCAUGAUAAUUUAGUAGAUAAAAAUCAGUUGGACGGACAACGAAAAAGUGAAUUGCAAGGUGAACGUGAAAAUGAACAGCUAAAAAAUGAAUGUGAUGAACAGAGGGGUAACUAUGAUGAACAAAUGGAAGAUGAAAGGAACGACAAGCGAGUUUUUAAUAAGGUGCUUGAGAAGGUUGAACAACUUUCGCUUAAGAUGUUCAACCACUUUUCUCCCAAAGAACUUGAAGUAAUUGAGCGGCUUCCUAAUAACAAAGUUGAUGAAAUUGUUAACUUAGUCCAAUCUGUUGCUCAUCGAAAAAAAAAAGAGAAAAUGUAA